AUAUAUUUAAUUACAUCGCAUAAAUUUUAUCAACAUACACACGAAAUAAUUUGAGAAAUGUCGUCGCUGGUAAGCUCGCGUCGAAUAAUUGGAUCUGCAUUUUAAAAUCACAUGUUACCUACUCUGUAACGUUUUGGUAGACGAUUUGUGGUUAUAUUUAUUAUAAAAUGGGAGGUAUUAGUGGUAUUUACAUAUUAGACAUCAAAGGGCGUCUAAUAAUAUGUAGAACAUACAAAACCGAUAUUCUGACAAAUGUAUGCGACGCUUUCUACGAAAAUGUUAUUCUGCAAGAUUCUAGUUCUGUAAAACCUGUGUUUCACGUCGAUGGAUGCACAUUUUGCUGGGUUCUUCGUAAUGGCAUAUAUUUUAUUGCUGUGGCAUCCACAAACUAUAAUGUGUCACUAUCAUUAUCGUUUCUCUAUCGAUUUGUACAAGUUUUGACAUCAUACUUCAAACACUUGAGUGAGGAGAGUAUUAAGGAUAAUUUUGUUGUUGUAUAUGAGCUUCUGGAUGAAAUGAUUGAUAAUGGUUACCCUCAAGCUACCGAAGUCAAUAUUUUACGCGAAUUCAUCAAGAAUAAAUACCAUCAACUCUCUAUUAGCGAUGUACAUCCACCUACAGCGAUGACAAAUACUGUCUCUUGGAGGAGCGAAGGGAUUAAACACAAGAAGAAUGAAAUAUUCUUGGAUGUUAUUGAAAGUUUAGAUAUUGUAGUUUCGGUUUCUGGAACUGUACUCCGAUCAGAAAUAAGAGGCUGUCUAAAGAUGAAGUCCUAUCUAUCUGGAAUGCCAGAACUAUUCUUAGGACUUAAUGACAAGGCCAUAUUUGAUAUAACAUCAAAAGGCGAUUUAGCAAACGAAAGUACAAAUUAUUCAACAGGAAGUGUACCACAUGUUAAAACAGUUGAAAUGGAGGAUGUAAAAUUCCAUCAGUGUGUGCAACUGGCAAAGUUUGAAUCCGAUCGUACAAUUAGUUUUAUUCCACCCGAUGGUGAAUUCGAUCUAAUGACUUACCGGCUUAACAGUUAUGUGAAGCCCCUAUUUUCCGCUGAUGUAACUGUGUACAAUAAAUCUAGUAGUAAAAUUGAUUUUGCUGUAAAGGCACUUUCUCAGUUCAGGUCCAAAUCAAUUGCCAAUAAUGUUGAAUUCCAUAUACCAGUACCUUCGGAUGUUAACUGUCCGGUAUUUAAACCAUCCAUUGGUACAGUAAAGUAUUUUCCGGAUAUGGAUGCUAUUGUGUGGACAAUUAAACAAUUCCAAGGCGAAAAGGAAUAUGUUAUGCACGCUUCUUUCGGUCUUCCAUCAGUUUCGGAUGAUUCUAGGGACACAUUCUCAAAAAAUCCUGUAAAAGUAAAGUUCGAGAUACCAUACUUCACUGUUUCUGGAAUAAGCGUCAAACACCUACGUAUAACAGAAAGCUGCGGCUACAAGGCACUCCCAUGGGUUAGAUAUAUAACAAAAAAUGGUGAUUACCAGCUCAGGAUGUCUUGA